AUGGCUUCUUUCGAGAAAUCUAGAGGUAAACUGUAUUAAUAUAAAUAGAGCAUGUUGAUAUAAACAUUGUAUAUUUGUAUUACGUUUUGUACAGUCUAUAUAUACAUUGUACGUAGAUAUACCAUUACAUUUUGCUGGCGGGCAAAUUAAGGAAGAAACCUCUUUCAAAUUCUUUCAAAACAUUCUGUCUGCCAGGGAAAUGUAAACUAGAUGAAUGCAUUACAUCAGCAAUACAAUUAGAUCUAGAACGUGUUUAUGGGCAUUAGAUUUCCUAAUAAAAAAAAUUUGACCCUAUACUUUGAGGGUCAAUUAACUUUUAUAGAAUUGCCGACUAUCAAAAAUAAAAUUAAAGAUUAUAAAAUGAUACAUGCAACUAGAGUAAUGGUUGUUUAGCCCUUCUGACCUCAUCUAAACCCUAAUUCUGAACUUCUACUUUCCAUUACCAACCAUUGGUAUCAGAGACCUUAAUUUAACCAGUGGUUUUGGUUUUAUAUGCUGAAACAGAUUUGCAUAAGUAGAUUGAAAAAAGUUUUAGCUGGCAUUACAACAAUAGUCAUUAACCCUUUAAGUGGCAAUGUGCCCAGAUGCUCCCUACUUUAUUAUUUUACUCUGUCUAACGCCAGAUUAUUUUACUCUACAGGGAGAGAGUGCUGCCACUCAAUGGGUUAACAUCACAAAGUUCAGAAUGACUGAUAAUGAUGCAAUUUUUGGCAUCUAAGGGGGAGGAGCAUCCAUACUCAACUUGCCACGAGUGUGGGUGUGUGGGUUAUUUUCUUUGAUGUUUUGCCUGUGGCAGUUUGACACUUUCGAAUAUUAUAAAAGUACAAUAUAACAUUCUUUUGUAUAAUAUAAAAUUCUAUUUGUAAUACGUACUUUAAAAACACAAAACAGGCGUGUACAAUAUUCUCCCCAGUCAAGGAAACAAACAAACUUUCUUACUUUGCCAGACGGCAAAUCAAGGCUUUAUAUUUAUUUGUUAUGUUUGCUAAUACAAGUAUUUUUGAGCAUUCACAUUUGUUUUUUUCUUGCCACGGAUUGACGUUUCUAAGGUGGGUGGGUGUGUAUGAAAAAGAAAUUGACGUUUCUCAUGGCAAGUUGAGUAUGGAUGCUCCCCCUAAGUCAAUAGCAAACUUGAUUGGUUGAGAAUAGUAAAAAAACGUUAAAGGCCAUGUAAAGUCCGUAAUCUAAACAAACGGUUUGUUUACAUUUUGAACUCAGUGCUACAGUUGUAAAAUAUGACUAGAUAUAUAUUAUACUGAAUUUUUAACACUCUUCUGGUUCGCUAUGCUUGUAAAUGAAUACAGACUAGAGAUUCAAGUCAAGAAAGUUCGGAAUAUGCGAAAUAUUAGUAACAUUCCAAUGGUCGGGUCCUGACCAUUGGAAUGUAUGCCUGCACAGAAUGUAUGUGCAGAACAGACUUAACAUGGUUUUUAACGUUUUUAUGUCAUGACAUGCUCAUUUAAAAAAUAGACAAACAUCUGAAAAUUCUCCUGCCUUAAGCAUAGCUUGCAAAUAGCAGUGUCUUCAUAUAUUCCCAGUGUAUCUACAUGGAAACCAUCCUACUAUAGGUUCACCAAAGGCAAAUAAAGAUCCUGAACAUAAACUACCAUUGAAACGAUUCGAACCCGCAAUAUACAGAUUUACAAAGAUUGCAAUUCCCACAGACUUGGACAGACUUGAACGACAUAAAUACAACAUUGAAAAGGUAUGCAGCCAUACAUAAAACACAAAGUCCAUUUCUUUUAAAUGCUCAGAGUAUUUUUAACUGUGAUUUUCUUUUGGGGCAAUAAAUAUCAAGUAAAGAAUGUAUAUUAUUCUAGUAUGUAAAAUGGAAAAAUUGGUCGAAGUUUGAUGUGGAAAGAAUAAAUGCUGAAAGAACAAUUAAGGUUUGAACAAUGGUUCAUUUUUGAACAUUUUUGAAUUAACAAAUAUAAAACAUUUUCCGUGUUGGUAUACGGUUAUAUCAGCACAAGUGGAAAUUGGGAAAACGAGAAAUUGUGUGGAAACCCGAAGGGCGGAGUGUUUUCACACAAUUUCGAGUUUUCCCAAUUUCCACAAGUGUUGAUAUAACUGUAUAUCAAUACAGAAAAAAUAUUUUAUAUUUGUUUUAUAAUAUAGCACAAAGAAAUAUAAAGAAAGAAAUUUUCCGAUGUUGACAUUGAGUUAUGUCAACACAGCUCUUAGCCAAUCAACGUUCAGAAUUUACAAAUGCUAUAUUAUAAUAUACAAUGUCACAUGACAAUUUAUUGUCACAUGACAUUUUGUCAGAUAAAAAGUCAAAUACACAUUGGUGAUCGGCCAUGAUAGAAUGAUGUACAUGACAAUAUUGGCAUCACGUGACAUGUCAUGUAACUUGUGUCAAUGUGUCAUAUCUCAUGUGACAAAAUAUCACAUGAAAUGUCAUGUGAUAUGAUAUUACAUGACGUAUGAUGUUAAAUGUUGUGAUGUCAUCAGAUGACAUCAAGCCUGCCCGGUGUGGAUAUACACUCAGUGUAACAUCACACAAGCAUCUUAUUCACCUGAGUACAUUACACCACGAUUAACCGUGAUUACACCAACACAGCAAAUAUCAGAUGACAUAAUAGGGCCAUUUAUACGUGACAAAAUAAGUCGCGACUUACAUAAGACGCGACUUAAAUAAGUGGAGUUAUCGCAUAAAUGGUCCUCUACGGCUUUGGUCUUAUUUAUUUGCUAUAGCUAUAAUGUUGUUUUGGUUGUUUUUGUUUUAAUAUGCAAGGCAUUAAAUUUUACGUUGUUUCAAGUUUCUGGCAUGUGUAGUUAGACUUUUUGUCCCGAAAAUUUCUUAUUUAAGACGCGACUUAAAUAAGAACAGCUAAAAGACCUGUUCUUAUGUAAGACGCGUCUUAUCCAAGACGCGUCUUACAUAAGAAUUUUGUACCUUUUAUACGACAAACUCGCGUGUUACCUAAGUCGCGUCUUAUGUAAGUCGCGUCUUAUUUUGUUCCGUAUAAAUGGCCCUAAUGUUACAUAAUUCUGAAAGCAUGCAUGCAUGGUACACAUGUCAUGUCAUAUAUAUGAUGUCACAUGAUAUGAUAUCACAUGACACAAAAAUGUCAAUGCAGAGUUGCGUGCAAAACAUGAUGUGAAAUAUCAUGAUAUAUUUUGUGGGGCAAGGCCCUGGCUCCUGGUAACCUUUCCUGGAAUUGUAUAAUGCCCCACCCCCAUCUAACUCUGGACAGUUAACUAAUAGCACAAUAUGUAAUACCAUUUUAAACCUUUCCAUUACUACAUUUAGCAACUCAAGGCAAAUAUCCAGGACAUCAAUAAUAUAAGAACUCAAGUUGCUGCAAAUGAAGUAGCAGAGUUUGAUAACAAGAUCAACGUUGUAAAAAACAAAGCAUUGGAAGAGAUCAGUUCUCUGCAGGACUUGAUUGAAAGUUCUGAGGAUGGCAAGGAUGAUAAUGAUGGAUCAGUAGGGAAGUUGAGCCUCUCACCGACGCGGUCAGAUGCAGGUAAAUGUUGGUAGUAUUCAGAUUUGUAUCUGAACAACUUUAUCAGGGGCCGCUUGUAUGAAGGCCAGAUACUGCACUAUCCACCAGAUGACAAAAAAAUUUGGUCUUUAAAAGACUUUAUUCAUUUGAUAAAAAUACAGUCAAAAGUUACAGGAUCAACAUUGAGAUUCAUAGAGAUAGUAUUACAUUUAUAUAAUCAUAUCUAUACACCAUAAAUAUUGAAAUUGACUAAGCUGUCAAUUUAUAUGUCUAAAAUAUAGUUUCCAAAACUAUUUUUAAAACGUUCAGUAUUUAGUUUAGGCUUCCAUAAGAAUUGCCCUACGUCGUAGUCGCUGUGACGAUUCCUUGACCUGGUUUCCAUAUGGUCGCGUAAUGGUCCUAAAAAUAGAGUCACGAUCUUUCUCAACGGCCAGUUUAUAACAGUUUAUACGUGUAAACCACAUAUAAAUCAUAAGCAUUCUCUAGUUAUAAUCACUCCACAUAUUUUCAGUUCUAAAAUGUUGUAUUUCGACUGAUGAGAAAUAUCGUGACUCAAUCUUUACGAGCGUUACGACCAUGGCAACCAGACUUCAGGGUUGGGUGAAUGCAGUGGACAGGCAAGCAUUCUCCUUAUGAAAGACUCUUUUGUCAUAUUUUUCUGGAAGUAUGCUAAAAAAAUUCGGAAGUAUAAUGAUAUAAUGAUUCUGAAGUUUAAUGAUCGUGAUUUUUUUAAGCUUUGAGAAUCAAACCCACAAUCUCAGAGGUUAAAGGCAUGCCUUAUACAAAAAAGUCUAUAUAGGUGCCUAUAGGAAAUGUUCCAAUUCCCUGUGGAAGCCUAUAGACACCUACACAGCUCUAUAGGUUUAUAGACAUCCCUAUAGUUCACCUAUAAAAAUUGCCUAUAAGAUAUAGUUUCCUAUAGGAACCUAUAAGUUGACCUAUGGCUAUAGCCAAGGCCAGGCCUAUCGAUUUUUUUGUGAAACUGUUCUGAAGAUCGCCUCAAGCUAAACUUUUGCAUGAUCUAACCAUGUUUUAUGAAUGCAUGCAUUAUCAGACUAUUCCCCUCAAUGAAUAUCUUAACCUAUUUCAUCUUGCGUGUAUUUCAGAUUUCCCGUUGGUUCCUGACAGUGACAAAACUGUUCUUGCUGUUGGCGAGAUGGAAACGAAGUCCAGUUCUAAAGCGAAACUAUACAGAUUUGACGUCACGUUACGCACAUUCACGAGAAUAACAAUACCAACAGCACUGGAAAGAUUGAGAAUGCAUUGUCAUAAUAUGGAAAAGGUACGUUUUAAAGCGCUGAUUACGGAGAAUUUUUUGACGGGCUGAACAGCAAGCAAAAUUCAUAACUUCAAAAUGUACGUGAAAAAAUGCGUCGUAUUUUAGGUUUUGGGAGCUACACGGCUAAAAACGCACAGGUUGUUCCAAGUUGAUAUCGACAGGCGUGAAGAAUGUUGUGCGGCCAACUAUGAACAAGUUGUCAACCAUGUUGUUCCAAGUUGUUACAGUUGAACAAUGCUGUAACAACAUGUUGACAAUACUGUUCAUAGUGGGCCGCACAACAUUGUUCACGCCUGUCGAUAUCAACUUGGAACAAGUUGUCGAUUUCCUCAGUUUUUACGCGUGUAAAUAUUGUUAGGACUUUGGUGAGAUUUUAAGGUGUGUCUCAACCAAUUCAAAAGGUCCCAUGAACAGCGCUAACACGCGCGCAUUUUAAUGAUGCCUGGGACUGAAAUCUCAAUCCAUAAUCUCAGAAAACAAAAGAAAAGUUUGAAAGUGUUUUUCAGCUUGAUUUUCAGAUUUUGUCAAAGGAAGCAGCUAGUACCAUAGUACUUUAAUUAGUAGUCUUCAUCUAGUUUCUUCAAUGCUUUUUGACUCUUCACCGUUUGUGUGUGUGUUAUAGUAUUACGAAGAAAGACUAUGGCGCGAAUUAAACGCAGAGCAAGUCAACGCUGGAAUAACUGUCCAGGUGUGGAAAUUACUUUGGCAACUCCUUAGUAUAUAAUAUACACGAACUUGUGGUUAGAGCUCGACAACUGGACUCUGUAGUUCAGUCAGGGACGUAGCGAAACAUCUGAAGUUGGGGGGGACAUCGGAGGAUUUUACCUGAAAUUUUAAUUUCGAUGUUAAAAAUUUACCUGAAGUGUAAUAAUUAGAAUAAAGCUUUUUGUGAUUGAUCCCCACUGUGAUACUAAGUUUCUAGAAGAAUUUACAUUUUUGAGGCUCCAGCGCUGCAUUUCUGGCGUUUUCUAAUACAAAUUCGCAGGCGAAUUGGAUCUAAAUUGACUGUAUUGUAGAAAAAUGGUUACCAUUUCACAAAAAUAACGACUUUAUUACGCAAAUUUUACCUGAAAAUGUGAAAAUUUUAACUUUAAUUUCACCUGAGUUUCACAGUUGGGGGGUACAUCUCCACCCUCCCUCCCCCCCCCGUUCGCUACGCCCCAGAGGGUCUAUAGCGCAACUGCUUGGAAGCAGUCCUCAUAUUUUUCCGAGGCGAAAUUAUAAUGAGACAACUGCAUAUUGUAGGAAUCAAAACCGCAGGCAUGACAUAUCAUCGUUGUCAAACUCGUUAAAUUUUACAUAUUUUCGUAGCAUUUGAAAAAGAGCAUUGAAGAUAUGGAAACGACAAGAAAACAAGUUCCCGUGAAUGCACUGGUGGAGUUCGACAGACGUGUUGGUCCCUCGUACGACAGAGCAUCGGCCGCCAUCGAUUCGUUUAUGAAAUUUCAAACAAAAUACAAACCUGCUGCUCCCCACGUCACUGCUGAAAAAAAUGUGAAUGAAGAUGACAGAAUGGGAAUAGAGAUGCAUGGUUAGUUUUAAAGUGCGCAGACUUGGAAAAAGUGGGAUCCGGGAUCCUGAGGAACAUUUGGUUAGCAAGAAGAUUGAGGAAAAUUUUGAAUUUUUCACGCGUACUUUAAGGGACAAUUUUAAGGAAUCUUAUCUGCCAUUUGAGUCUAUUUUGAGAUUGCGAAGUGUUCUUCGUAUCCUGUUAAUAGAAUUUGAAGAUUGUUUUGUUUCCUCAGCAAUUUUACAACCAAUAUAAUCGAGGAACAUUUGAAAAAGACAAGUUCAGGAUCCGAGGAACAUUGAACACUUUUUCCAGGUCUGAAAGUGCGACUAAUCCCAUGCAUAAUUUUUUUAUAUGUGUAAUAUUUGGGUCAUCCCAAGAAGAAAUGUAGUACAUCUUUAUAGUAAAAUACCUCAUUUUGAUCAAUGUAUAAUGUCAUUACAUGAAUGGCAAAUUAAUUUUCCUUUGCUCCAAAAACUAAUUUAUGACAUCAUGUCCAGACGAAACUUCGACAGCGAAAAGUUGAUCCAGAUGAGGUUUCUUAUAAAGAAAAAGAGCGUUUGCACAUGACGUCGCAGCCGCCAUGUUGGUGUUCCAAUUCAAAAGAAUUUUAAUUCGACUCUUUUGUCUGGAACACCAACAUGGCCGCCAUGGCUUUUGUUGAGUUGGUCCCUGGGGAAUGAGUGCAAAAGCUCUAUAUUACAUUUCGUCUUGAAUGAACCAAAUAUUACACAUGCAAAAAAUCGUAUAUGGGGUCAGCCCCACUUUGGAAGUAAUAUUUGAUAUUUGAGAAUAAGUUAAUUUAUUAACUUCAGCCGUCAACAGAAAUAUAAACAUAUACAAACAGGAAGACGGUUCAGGAACACUAACACAGCGUGAGCCAAUUAUGUUAGUGACCUGUUACAAAACAUCAUUAUACAAAACUUCACAACUUAUAAUUUAAAUAUCAAACAAGAGUAUAGUAUAAUCCUUUUUUAUCCGAAGUAGAGAGAGAGCAUAGAAUUUUCAAAAUUUGGAAAAACAAAAUGACAAAAUUGUUGUUGUUGUUGUUGAUUAUGUGUAUGUAAUGAUUAUGUAUAUGUGUAUCUAAGUUGAUUAUGUGUAUGUAAUGCAUGAAUUCAAUAAAUAUCUUUCUUUAGGUAAACUUUUGAAUCAAGAAAUUACUCCUGACGAAGCCACUGUACAUUCCUGGGACGACCUACAGAAAGUAAGUUUGUAUAAUAUGGAUUGUAUAUAUUAUAAUAAUAAUAUGGAUUGUAUAUGUUUGUAAUAAUAAUAUGGAUUGUAUAUAUUAUAAAUCUGCUUUGUUUUUCUAGAGUUUAGUUGAGCUAAAUGACGUCAUCCACGAAUUCUCUCAUUUGGUACAUGUAAGUGUUAACCACAUACAUCAAUAAAUAUACAUCCAUCAAUGACGUAAUGUGUUAACCAAUCCGUUAAUCGACCAGAAUUCUGGAUCUGCGAAAAAUAUCCGAUUGGAACCGGAACUGAGUUUAUUCAACCGUGUAUGUACUGUUUAAUAAACGAGUAGGAGUGUUUUAUCACAUAUAAAACACGACGGGUAGCGGAGUGUUUUAUUAUAUGUGAUAAAACACGAACUACGAGUUUAUUAAACAGCUUCAAAAACGUCUCAGUUAGAUCACGGCAUUGGCGAAAUAAUUUUCCAAAAUAACUUUGUAUUAGCUGAGAAAAUACAAGUUAAAAUUUGAAGCGUGUUUUAUCACAUAUGAAGACACGCCACGCUUAUGAUUUCUCUUUGUGUUUUCCUCAUGAAUUAUUAAUGAGUUUUUGAAGAUUAUAUAAGUUGAUUUGUCGACUGCCAACCUUAAAAAGUUGGAACAUAUGUGUAAAAUAAUGUGCGUAAUGUGAUGUGUUAAAAUAUUUGGUCCGUGUUCAAUUAGCUAAUGAGUAAUGUUCAUCAGUAAAUUAACUUUAUAUUCUUUUUCCUAAUGAAGACAGAGUUGCACCCAAAACGUAGGCUAGCACUUUUACUAUGCUUUUACUGAAGCCCUAAUUUUAAUGCUAUUUUUGACAGGAACAACAGUCAGCUGUAGAUUCGAUCGAGACAAAUAUUGAACACGCUCAGGUGAAUAUUCACGACGCGACACAGGAACUCGGCAGAGUAAGUAGCAUGACAAUGUUUUAUUGUUAGGUUGUUGAUAGAACCAUCAAGAUGGCGUCGUGAUAGCACAUUUCUCAUCCUUUAUCUUCACACAGGCGGCGAAGUUACAAGGAAUGAUUCUUCCAGUUAUCGGUGCGGUUGUGGGCGGUGUCGUAGGAGGGCCGGUGGGUUUGUUGGCGGGCUUUAAAGCAGCCACAGUGCUGACAGCGGUAGGUGGGGGUGUGAUUGGGUAUAAGGCCACGAGCUACAUCAAAGAUAAACGCGAAGAAGCUGUCGAUUCUGAACUUGAAAGACUGACAGACAGGAACAAUCCAAAUGAUGAUAAUUAG